AUGGACGUCCCUCCUCUCCGGCUCCCCGAUGGCCGCCGCCUCGCCACCGCGCUGCUCCUCCUCGCCGCCUGCCUCUCCGCCUGCAACGUCCAAGCCGUCACCAGCGCCGAGGCCUCCUACAUCGCGCACCGCCAGCUCCUCGCCAUGAAGGAGGCCGGCGGCGGCGAGGCCGGGGACCUCACGCCGGACUUCGAGUUCGACGACCGCACCGGCGCCAACUUCCCCAACCCGCGCCUCCGCCGCGCGUACAUCGCGCUCCAGGCCUGGCGCCGCGCCUUCUACUCCGACCCCAAGGGGUACACCUCCAACUGGGUCGGCAACGACGUGUGCAAAUACAACGGCGUCAUCUGCGUCGAGGCGCUCGACGACCCCAACGUGACCGUCGUGGCGGGCAUCGACCUCAACGGCGCCGACAUCGCCGGGUACCUGCCGCCAGAGCUCGGCCUGCUCACUGACCUCGCAUUCUUCCACAUCAACACCAACCGCUUCUGCGGCAUCAUCCCCAAGAGCAUGUCGCGCCUCUCGCUGCUGCACGAGUUCGACGUCAGCAACAACCGCUUCGUGGGGCUGUUCCCGUUCGUCGUGCUCGAGAUGGUGUCGCUCAAGUACCUCGACAUCCGCUUCAACAACUUCGAGGGCGAGCUGCCGCCGGCGCUCUUCGACAAGGACCUCGACGCCAUCUUCGUCAACACCAACCGCUUCGUCGGCCCCAUCCCGGAGAACCUCGGCAACUCCACCGCCUCCGUCGUCGUCUUCGCCAACAACGAGUUCGUCGGGUGCAUCCCCAAGAGCAUCGGGCGCAUGGUCAGGACGCUCGACGAGAUCAUCUUCCUCAACAACAAGCUCGACGGCUGCCUGCCGCUAGAGAUCGGCCUGCUCCAGAACACCAGCGUCGUUGACGUCAGCGGCAACGCGCUCGUUGGCACGCUGCCCGAGCAGCUCUCCAACAUCACCAAGCUGGAGCAGCUGGACGUGUCCAGGAAUGUCUUCACCGGCAUCGUGCACGAGUCCAUCUGCGAGCUCCCGAUGCUCGUCAACUUCAGCUUCGCCUUCAACUACUUUAACUCGGAGGCCGCCGUGUGCAUGCCGUCGGAGAAGGCGGAGGUGAAUCUCGACGACAAGGGCAACUGCUUCGGCGCCCUGCGCCCGGCGCAGAAGACGACGCUGCAGUGCGCGCCCGUGCUCGCGCGCCCCGUCGACUGCAGCAAGCACGUGUGCGCUGGGUACCCGACGCCGGGGAAGCCAUCGUUGCCAGGGAAGCCACCGAUGAUCAAGGUGCCUCCUACGCCCACGCCUGCAGAGGGUCCGGGGAUAUCGCCACAACCUGUGAAAUCACCGUCUCCACAGCCGCCGCCGUCUCCCCCACCCGCGCCUGUGGCAUCGCCACCACCGCCUGUGAAGUCUCCUCCUCCACCGGCGCCAGUGGCGUCACCACCAACGCCUGUGAAGUCUCCUCCUCCACCGGCGCCGGUGGCCUCACCACCACCGCCUGUGCAGUCUCCUCCUCCACCGGCGCCAGUGGCCUCACCACCACCUCCUGUGAAGUCACCUCCUCCACCAGCGCCAGUCGCCUCACCACCACCUCCAGUAAAGUCUCCCCCACCACCAGCUCCGGUGAGCUCUCCACCUCCUCCGGUGAAGUCUCCUCCAUCGCCUGCUCCAGUGAGCUCUCCACCACCUCCGGUGCAAUCACUUCCUCCGCCGGUGCCAGUGAUCUCACCACCAGCGCCUGUGAAGCCGCCCUCACCACCAGCUCCAGUGAGCUCUCCACCACCUCCGACGAAGUCUCCACCACCACCCACUCCAGUAAAAUCGCCCCCACCUCCAGAGAAAUCUCUUCCACCACCCGCUCCGGUGAAAUCGCCCCCACUUCCAGAGAAAUCUCCACCACCACCCACUCCCAAGAUCUCUCCACCACCUCAAGAGAAGCCUACUCCUCCAUCAACUCCGGUGAAAUCACCUCCAGCUCCAGAGAAAUCGCAACCACCAGAAUCUCCCGUUGAGACACUACCUCCUCCGGUGAAAUCUUCUCCACCACAAAUACCAGUCAGCUCACCACCGCAGCCGCCGAAGUCUUCUCCACCAACUGUCCCAGUGAUCUCAUCUCCUCCUCCAGUGAAGUCUUCACCUCCACCGGCACCAGUUAGCUCAUCACCACCGCCGGCAAAGUCUCCACCUCCACCGGCUCCUGUGAGCUCGCCGCCACCUCCUCCGAUGAAGUCUCCGCCUUCACCUGCACCAGUCAGCUCACCACCACCUACGCCCAAGUCACCACCUCCACCUGCUCCUGUGAGCUCACCACCUCCGGCUAAGUCGCCACCUCCACCUGCCCCUGUGAGCUCACUACCUCCCCCAGUUAAAUCUCUGCCGCCACCACCACCAGUCAGCUCACCACCGCCUCCAGUAAAAUCACCACCACCACCCGCACCAGUGAGCUCGCCGCCGCCACCAGUGAGCUCACCACCACCUCCAGCUCCAGUGAGCUCCCCACCACCUCCAGUGAAAUCUCCUCCUCCACCAGCACCAGUUGGCUCCCCUCCACCACCAGUUAAAUCACCGCCGCCACCAGCUCCAGUGAGCUCACCUCCUCCGGUAGUCUUCUCUCCCCCGCCGAAGCAAGAGGAGUCGCCAUCACCGCCGACGGAAUCCCAACCUCCGCCAUCGUUCAACGACGUCAUCCUUCCGCCCAUCAUGGCCAACAAGUACGCGUCGCCGCCGCCCCCUCAAUUCGAAGGGUAUUAAGCGCGUGCCAUGGAGAGAUCGAUGACCAGGAGGAGUGAUCGAAACAGUACAUAAGAUGGCGCGCGCAUACACACAGCUAUAUGUAGCUCUGCUUUUGGCGCCAACGUGCAAG